GACUUUUUCGUACGUCAUGAAGUCCCAUAUAAGACCGCCACUCUUUAUAAUAAUCUCUCCUAGGUGAUUGUGAGAAAUAUAUUUGAAAGAAUUGAGCGAAAUAGGAUGGUGAAUUUCCACGUGAACUUAUGAUGAUUGAUAUUAAAAAUUGUUUUACAGUAUUCCUUGCCUGUGACAAUUAGACAAUUAUUAUCAUUCACUUUCUCAUUUGCAUACUAUUUCAGUUCAAAAUGGCAGCCCCUACGGAUGAGCUGAUUCUCCUCGAAAGAGUAUUUUUCCGUUUGGGAACUGCCGAGACAGAUGAACAACUGCAAGCAGCAGUAUGCAAAUUCUUGCCUCCAGUCCUGUUAAAAUUGUCCAGUACACAGGAAGGUGUAAGGAAGAAAGUGAUGGAACUGUUAAUUCAUAUAAACAAAAGAAUAAAAAGCAGACCUCAAGUACAAUUACCAGUGGAAACGCUUUUGUUACAGUAUCAAGAUCCAACUGCCAGUUCAUUUGUAAUUAAUUUUACAAUCAUUUAUAUCAAAUUGGGGUAUCCUAGAAUGGAGAUGAAGAAGCAAGCAGAACUAGUUCUAAGUGUAUUAAAUGCCGUUGAAGGGAAACCAUUGUCUCAUCAGGAUGGUUUAUUACUUAUGAUUAUGCCUGCACUGGGUCAUAUCAACAUCUCAAUGGAUCCAGAAAAACGAGCAUCCUUCCUCGGUCUACAAGACAAACCUUAUGUGUCAAAGCAAUUACUUAGUUUCAUGCUGGACGUUUUAUUACUUCCUUACGGGUCUGCAGGACAAAUGCAGAAUAAUGAACAGUCGGAUCAGUCUGCUGCUGUAGACACCACGCAGUUUCGUGUACCGAUGGGAAUGAGCGAAUACGCGUUCAAACGAGUGAUCGGCGAAAAUCCGCAAUCAGCGGAACAACUUGAACAAACGAAGUUGGGUAUCGUAAAGUUUCUGGCUGGAGGAUUCUUUCCUAAUUCAGAUAUUCUCAUACAUCUGAUAGUAGCAGCUGCCGAUACUAGAUUCAGUGUAGCUAAUCUGGCGGAUAUGGAAUUGAAAAAGAUUGUCGAUACAUUAGACUGGUCUUCGAUGCAACUGGCAGCACCACUUUAUACAUUGUAUUUGGGGACAGAAGCAUUAGGUGUUCAGAAAGAAGUUAAGCCAGAAAUGAAACGAUUACCUGCGUGUAUACGAAUUCGCCUGAAAUUAUUGCAUUAUCUUUGCCGCGUUACUAAAGCUGGCUUUAUUGUACCUCUGUGCAUUCAGGUCGUUUUUCAUACUUUGGAAGGAGAUGCCAAAACUACGAAUCCAAAGUUGAAAUCAUUGGCAUUGCAAUUCACAUCGAAUAUUGUGCAACAGAGUAGCGUUGCACCUCUGUCUCGCGUAGCAGGUAUUAUCCUAGACGGUAUGUUAAAAUUAGUGUACAAAGGUGAAGAUGCGUAUAAAAUGAUGGCAUACACUAUUAUUGGACAACUGAGACAGAGAAUCCCAUCGGUGAUAGAUAAAAAUUUCAAUUUAUUGUCUCAUUUGUUUUCUGCACUUUAUUUGACGGACGGUGAUUUACGAAGAACGGUGCGAGAUACAUUAAUUUCAAUUACACCCGCGUUCGUACUUGAUAAAAAUGACGAACGUAAUAUAUCGUUGAUGAACGGAUUCUUAUCUACGUACAUCGAAAAGCCGGAGUCUAACGGCAGAUUCGUAGCUAUGCAUUACGUUGCUAAUGUAUUUCCACCCGACGACGUACCGUCUCGUUAUCUUUUAUUGUUAGCUUCUGGGGAUGAAAAACAGGAGAUAAGAGCCGAAGCUACUAAAGUUUUAUACGCAGCUAUACAGAAGGAUGAAAGUGAUAAAUCGGAGGAUAAUAAAAUUCCCCUACCAGAUUUUAAGAAGCUUGUUAGUUACAUUCAUUCAAAAAUGCAGUCAAGAGAUGUGUUAAUUGCUAAAAAUGAUAAAGUUAGUGAACAAAAUAAAGUUCUUCCCUACAAUGUUACAGUCAUUACAGAGAUGAUUACUUAUCUUCGUAUUUGUCUAGCAAAAAGUGCUAAUGUUACCAUAACUAAUGGGCCUUUACAGCAUCCCUGCGAAAGUACACCAUUAAUUGCACGUUAUUUAAGAAACCUGCAUGAACAAGAAUUAGAAACAUUGAAUAAUUAUUUUGAUAUGAUUUUAAAUUUCAGUCAUACAUCUCCAGAUGAGACUUCGUUACAAGCUUUAUUGGAAGUGGCUGGUUCUGUGCCACAGUUCGCAACGAAACUUUAUGAGAACGAAUUAUCUUGGCUUCGUAAUUUGCUCAUAUCGGUUAAGUUGGAUGUAAGACGAGUGGUUGCCAAAAUUUAUGGUAUGGUAACUGCUCAAGCAGCUUACAACGACUUCGAAUCACGAAUUUCUGAGAUCAGUAGCAUGGUAGAUAAAAAGCAUUUAGAAUCACAGCAUGGAUCGCUGCUAGCUUUGACUCAUAUGAUGGAAAGAAGAUUGAUUUUUAAAAGGAACGACAUGGACAAUGAUAUAUUCAAUUGGGAUCUAUACAUCAACGUUGUGAAAACGCUUUGCAGUUUUCUUUCGAAUAACACGAUUUUAUUAAUGGAUGCUGCGAUUCAAAGCGUUGGUAUCUUAGGUAAAACUUGUAGUCUACCGCUGCCUGACGAGGGCGAAGGAGAAUUGAAUAAAAAGGCAAUUGUGGAAAUGUUGUUUUCGAAAGUGGGUAGCACAAAAUCGAGUACCGAGAUUAAGGAAAAAGCUGCACUCUCCUUAGGGCACUUGUGCGUGGGAGAAAAUUUUCCUCAUACGUCGUACAUAGUGAAUAAAAUUCUUGAAAACGUGAAAGAGACGAAAGAUAUUGAAAUGCAUAUGAUUAUGGGCGAAGUGUUGGUGUGCUGCGUUCAAGGCGAAGCAUCUCCAGAGAAACGAGAUGCUUGGAUGACACUGCCAAGUGAACACACGGUACCUUAUAGCGACGCCAGUACAGAAUUGUUAACACGUACGCUGGAUGAAUUACUGCGAAUAUACAAAGAUCCUCAUCCUAAUUUGAGACAGGCUGUCUGUGUGUGGUUGCUGGCACUGUUGAAGCACAAUAUCCAACGGGAAUGUGUUAAACAGAAAUUCUCAUUACUGCACCAUGCAUUCAUGGAAUUCCUUUCAAGUGACAGUGAUAUAGUGCAAGAUAUAGCAGCGAAAGGACUUAGUUUGAUACACCUUAAUAGCAGUCGCGAAGAGAAAGAACUGUUGGUUUCUAGCAUAUUAGAUCAAUUUUUGCAAGGCCGAAAAGGCGUACCAAAAGUCACAGCCGAUACAAAGUUAUUUGAAGAUGGACAAUUAGGAAAAUCUCCUACAAACGGCAACUUGUCGACGUAUAAGGAGAUCUGUUCUUUGGCUACAGAGUUGCAGAAGCCAGACUUAGUUUAUUAUUUCAUGCACCUGGCAAAUCAUAAUGCUGUUUGGAACUCUAAAAAAGGUGCUGCAUUCGGGUUUGCAGCUAUCGCGAAAAUGGCGAAUGAUGAAUUAAAUAAAUAUUUACCUAGUAUAAUUCCGCGUUUAUACAGGUAUCAAUUCGAUCCUACUCCGAAGAUUCAACACAGCAUGGCCAGUAUUUGGCAUGCGAUCGUUCCAUCAACGGCCAAAGCCAUUGAACAAUAUCAUAAAGAAAUUUUGAAUGAUAUUACUGAUAAUUUAACAAAUCACGAGUGGCGAGUGCGAAUCAGUUGUUGUAAUGCGCUUGCAGAUUUGUUAAGGUCAAGCGCACGUUUCAAUCUGGCGAAUUCCGCGCCGGAAUUGUUGAAGAAAUUAUUCCGCGUGAUGGACGAUAUUCACGAAGGUACUCGGAUAGCUGCUACGAAUACAACUAAAAUACUGACUAGAGUCUGCAUUCGUUAUUGUGAUUCAUCUAAUGGUAAAGAAGGAGAAGAAGUACUGCAAGCAAUUCUCCCCGUUUUGUUAGACAUUGGUAUCGUUAAUGUCGUAAGCAGCGUAAGAGCACUAUCCUUACAAACAGUAUCGCAGCUGGUUUCGAGAGCAGGAAAUUUGCUUAAGCCAUCCUUGGUCACUUUAAUUCCUGCUCUCUUAACUACCAUCGGCGAGUCCGAGAAUCCUAAUUUGUCGUAUCUGAGUAACGUUUAUGGGACAAGUACAGAAACACGAAAUGCCGUUGAUACUAUCAGAGCUAGCGCUGUCAAGGAACAUCAUAGCACCGAAACCAUGACGAAAUGUAUACAAUAUAUAGACGAAGAGAUUUUGAAGGAAUUAAUGCCAAAGGUGGUAGAUUUAAUUAAAUCUAGCGUCAAUUUUGGAACGAAGAUUACCUGUUCACAUUUUAUUGUUCUUCUAAGUAUUCACUACAAGCAGGAAUUACAACCUUACAGCAGUAAAAUUUUAAGUGCGUUAACGAACGGUUUGUCCGAUCGUAAUUCUGUCGUUAGAAAGAAUAACGCGACGGCUAUUGGACACGUAGUUGGAUCAGCGAAAGUAUCGAGCCUUGAUAAAUUAUUCAAAACGCUUAAUACGUGGUACAUGGAACGAGAUGAUUCGACCAAAUUAACGAUUGGGCAUACACUACAAGCUAUAAACAAUUAUAAUCAGGAGAUAUUAAAGAAUUAUUCGAACAUCGUUAUACCGUUAGUCUUCUACGCGAUGCACGAACAAAAGACACGAGAAAAUGAAAACGCGAUUGAACUGUGGACUGAACUUUGGAAUGAAAUAACUCCCGGGACCGAAGCCGGGCUUAAACAAAACAUAGAAUCAAUAACAAAUAUUUUACACACUUCUUUGCAAUCGUCGUCGUGGACUGCAAAAGCGCAAGCGGCUAACGCAAUUCAUACAUUAGCGCAAAAGUUAGGCAAUGACAUUGAUGCGACGGUGAGAAAUGCUUUAAUAAAGGUUUUAACAGAUGGUCUUCGUGGGAGAACCUGGGAGGGAAAGGAUCGUUUGUUAAACGCUCUUGCCACAUUAGCGUGCAGGUAAAAAGAUAAAUCUGUCUUAUA